AUCUGGUGAUUUCAGUAAUUACUGCCAGCUCCAGCGGGUUGGACUUCAAGGGACGAGAGGAUUGCAUUUCGACGCUGCUGUCCGCAGUUUAGGCAGACAGGCAGAGACAGGUGCUGCAGGCAUAGAGAGGAGGAGCCGAGACGAGACGAGCCGCGCUGCUCCAAAGAGGAAUUCUCAAACAGCUGUCCGACAGACGUCCUGCCUGCGAGAAGUAAACCCUCAAGGGCAGAAAGAAAGAGAGUGAGCGAGAGAGAAAGAGGGAGAGGACGAAAACGGCACACGCCGCACCACCCAGAAACUGACUACAGUUUGUGUCAAGGCACCUCGUGACGGCAACCACAGUGGACAUUACUCUCAACAGACACACAAGCAGGUAAAGGACAUCAUUCCAAACAUUUGAGCUGUGUUAUCUUCACUGAGGAUUAAACACAUUUAAAACAACUGCUUUGAGAAUGUAACCCCUUUGGAGACUUCAGAGCAAGUUUAGCCAACAGCUAAAGAAUUCCGAUUUUCCAAAGUGUUCCUGUUUCCCCCGUACCACCUGGACUUCUCUAAAGCAGUGAUGCCUGCCAAAACACCCAUCUACCUGAAAUCAAACAACAGUAAGAAGGGAAAGAAAUGUCGUUUGAGGGAUAUUUUGUCCCCAGAUAUGAUCAGCCCGCCUCUCGGAGACUUUCGACACACAGUGCACAUUGGAACGGGUGGAGAGUGUGAUGCAUUCGGCGACAUGUCGUUCUUGCAAGGAAAAUUUGAGCUUUUACCUAGGAAAGGUGGACUUACUCGACAACAAUAUGGCACGCACGGUGAGUUCACGAGGGCUAACAGCGCCUCCGACGCCUCUUGUGUUGAAACGCCGUCGCCUGUUCUGAAGAACGCCAUUUCUCUCCCCACCAUCGGAGGCAGUCAAGCGCUGACUCUGCCUUUGAUCUCCACAACCAUCUUUCCCAUGCACCAGGACCCUCUUGAUCACCUAACUGAGCCACCUGACCCUCCAGCCGGCUCUGAUGUAACAGAAGAUCUGGAAAUCCUACACAUGGAGAACUUGCUCCAGUCGAUCAGGGUCUUUAGAAGUGACCCCAGCCCAGUUCCCGAGGAAGACGAAUCCCACGUGGAGGUGCCCGAGGAUUCGCUCACGAAAAGGAAGAAGAGCCUCGGCGCUGAGAACGAGCUUGAAAUGUUUUUAUCCGAUUUUGUCAAUGGGAACAGGGAUUCAAAUGUGAACCAAAGCAAUGGUAAUGAUUGCGACAACAGCGACUUCCAGUACAAGCAGGAGAUGUUUAGCAUCCAGGGUGAUUGGGCAGACAGAGAUAGUGGCGUUGAAGAAGGACGUCUAUGUGAUUCAGACUUUGAGCUCUCCAAAAGCAAAAGCCACUCACAGGAGUCGCUCACUCAAAUCACAGGAUCCAUGUUUUCACUUGAACUUGACUUGGGUCCUUCCAUUUUGGAUGAUGUACUCAAUAUUAUGAAUAAGCCUGCAGCUUAGACUCUUGAACGAGUACCGAAAGGGAAUUUCACUCUGCUUGUGCCCAGAGAGAGACUUGAUAGUAUUAAAACGUGCAAUGUGACAUUUUGAAGAUGUUGAACAGAUUAUGUUGUUAUCUUUAGCUUUAAAGGUGCCGUGUGUAACUUUUAGGAGGAUUUCUUGAUAGAAAUGCAAUAUAAUAUACAUACCUAUACUAUCAGUGGUGUAUAAAGACCUUUCAUAAUGAACGUUAUGUUUUUAUUACCUUAGAAUGAGAUGUUUUUAUCUACAUACACAGAGGGUCACCAUUUUGUGCCACCAUGUUUUUACAGAAGCCGUUAGCAGACAAACUUUUUUUUACUAAGUGGUCUUAGACUAUGACAUGUUUGUCCUGUGGCGGCUACCGUAGCUUCUCUAUGUUUUUCAAAAGCGAGGAGUGAGCCAUGGACUGAGGCAUGGUUGCAAUUCGCAACCUCACCACUAGAUGCCGCUAGAAGUUACACACUGCACCUUUAAAGUGUUUCUGUAUACUGCAAACAUACAGUUUUGGAUGAAUGCAAACGAUAACACAUGCAUAUUGUGCCUUAAAGUUGAAAGCAUUUUUAGCAAAAAUCCAUGCAGGAAUUGUUUGUUUUGCGUAUUCUGUUGUCCAUGCACAAUGCCAUGCCAUAACAUUUUAAAUCCAGAUGCCUGUAAAUUUAUGCAACAUCACAACAUCCUUCGUGCACAGAUGUAUUUAUGAUUGUUUCAUUAAUCACACUACCAACUCUUAUAUACUUUAAGGCAUAUAUAUAUGUUUUUUUUUUCAUUGUGAAGCUAAAUAUGAAAUAAAUAAAUAACUUAGUUUGUUA